AUGAGGACCAAGCACGUGAACUUGCUGAUCGCCUUCGUCGCCGCCGUGCUCUUCAGCUUCUCCUGCUUCUGCAUCUCCAAGUUGAUUCAAACCAAUAAUCAAUUAAUUAAUUGUAGAAACCAUAUAUUGGAGUUUGAAGAUAAUCUACGACAUCUAAAAAACAAAACUGAAAAAAAUAACCAAGAGCUGAUGAAAGCCCUGAAGCAAAUGAAGUAUGAAAUUACACAGGGAGAAAAUUUGUCAGUAAACUUAGUUGAGAAGAAAGUGAGUACAUUCAGUAAAAAUGAAGCAGCACCUAACACAUUUGAGGACUUAAAGUUCUUUUUUCCUCAUCUAAGGAAAGAAGGCAGAAUUUAUCCUGAUGUAGUCAUAGGCAAAGGGAAAACAGGUGUGUCUUUCGCGCUGGGUAUUCCCACCAUCAACAGAGGAAAGUAUACUUACCUGAAGCAAACACUGACCUCUGUUAUCUCCAGGAUGACACCUUCAGAAGAAAAGGACUCUGUGGUGAUUGUCUCUAUUGCAGAUAGUAAUGAAGAUUAUUUACAAUCUGUUGUUAGCAUGAUUACAAAGAAGUUCAAAAGGCAAGUGAAGUCUGGCUCCUUAGAGGUCAUUUCAGUACCUGCCUUUUUUUAUCCAAACAUGUUAAAUGCCAAACAAUCAACUGAGGACUCACAAAAAAGACAGAGUUGGCAAGUCAAACAAGUAUUGGAUUUUUGCAUUUUGAUGCUGUAUGCCCAACCCAAGGCCAUGUAUUAUUUACAGCUAGAAGAUGAUAUCAUAGCUAAAAAGAUGUACCUUACUAAAAUAAAAGAUUUUGUAUAUAAUAGCACUUCAAAUGAUUGGUUUUAUAUUGAGUUUUCAAUACUUGGAUUCAUAGGAAAGCUGUUUAGAUCUGAGGACUUACCUGACUUUGUACGUUUUUUUUUAAUGUUUUACAAAGAGAAACCCAUAGACUGGCUCUUGGAAUACAUGUUUCAGGUAAAGAUGUGUAACCCAGGAGAAUCUCUUAAUGACUGUAAAGAACGACAAAAGCAAAUUCGUAUUCAGUAUAAACCUUCUCUUUUCCAGCAUGUGGGUACACAUUCAUCGUUACCUGGAAAAGAACAACAUUACAAAAAAAUAUGAAGAUAAUAAGCAUAACAAGAAGAAACUCUGUAAUACCUGGAACCUCAGAUAACCUUGAUUUCUAAUGGC